AUGCCUCGUCGGUCGGAUAGUUCGCUACCGACUCUGCCCCGAUCUGAAGUGAGACAGUCGCUGGGUGGAGAGACAGAUCAAUUGGAUGCGUUUGUUUACUGCUCUGCUUACGCGCCUGAAGACUACGAAAAGUACAAAGAGGCCCAUAAGAAUCAGACUGAAGUCAAGACGGGUAAUUUGGGCACUUAUUCAGAUGUGACCUUCGAAAGAAAAGAGAUCAAGGACCUGAUCCAUUCCAUCACCCACCAGAUCAAAGCAGCCGGAACCCGGACUGCCCUUCUAAUUCUUCCUUUCCGCCCUCAGCAGUUUGACGUGAAAUUGAAGAGAUUUUUGGACGACGUGUUUCAUGAUGGAAGGCCCGUGGCUAAGGCCCAUCAUGAUUCUGUGAUCCGAGCUACUGAUGUUCAUACGCUGAUGAGCGCGCUCAAAUUUUUAUGGUGCCGCUUGCCUGGGAACUGCAUCAUUGGCUGGAAAGCCUAUGCUCAAUUUGCUACCAAAGAAGAGGAACAAGGCUUUCCCAAGAAUUCUUUUCUGGAGAUCAUGCCUUCCUGUCUAUCGAGUGGUGCACAUGCCUCGAUUGUAUACGAUUUCAUGGACUUGUUGAUAUCAUUUGCCGGCCAUGCCAAGGAGAACAUGUUGAGUGCACGGAAGAUAAGUAAAGUGUGCGGACUAUGGGCGUUUCAUCCAGUAAGAACUCCUAAAGAUGGUCUCCCCAGUUUUGAGAGAGGAAUGUCUGAAUGGGUUCCUGCUGCUGAUGCCAUGUUCCACAUCUUCUUGUCAUUUCUCAACUCCAUGAGUCCCGAGUCCAGGUCCUCACCCAAUCAGUUGCCGAAGGGCUUGCAGAGUCUGCUCGCCAGUAAUGACUAUCCCCCAGAAUCGACCACGGCGACCCCCAAACAUCUCCAGGAGGUGCCAAUGAUUACUUUGAAGGUUAACCAUCCUUCCCGCUCACCUGCCGAGAUGAUUGCGAGGAUAUCGAAGACUCUUUCGUUUGAGGAUCCGAAGUUGUUUUAUAGCAGAGAGGACUAUCUCCUGUUGAAGAGACUUUUCAAGGACCCCCAGUCGUUGAUGUCGAAGCUUUCUACCGAGGGCCGCAGAUUACUGGACAAUAUGUGCCUGGCCGAUGACGAAUUUGAGAACUCUCCGAACAAUGUGAUGGCUGAACUCGUUCCUGGCUGGUGCAAAGACCCUGCCGAUGAGAGGGCAGAACCAAAGACAGGCGACUACUUCACUGCAGAUGUCAGUAGGACGUUUAUUGAUGACUACUUUAUCUGGACAUGGUUAUGCUCUCUAGGUGUCGAAGAAACGAGUAUCAAGAAGAAGACGUUUGGAAAGACAUAUGUUUUGGAGGUUGAGAUUGCAGAAGGAUUGAAGAAGUGGGUCAUAACCGAGGAACAGGUCAUCGGCAAGGACGGCUACGAUAUCGAGCUAGAGAUCAAGCAGGAGAAACUCAAGAAAAUCAAUCGUGAAAUCAAGGAGGCUGAACAGAAGAAGGCAACCAGAGCCACCUUGGCCCCAGUCAAGGAUACCAAGAUUAACUCCAAUGGGCCUCCACCUCUUCCUGAUAAGGAUUUCAAGAAAGAAGCUCUUCCUGUGGCACCUCAUAGAAUGUUCAAGGACCAGCUUCCUCCUACUCCUGAGCAAACGACUGUUGAAGUUGACAAUUUGGCUAUAGAAUCACCCCCUCAACAGCAAGCAUCUCCUCCAAAGAGUGCCGAUGUUCGUGCAUACGAAAGUGGGUCUGCAUCCCCUGAGAGGAGAAUUAGACGUCCAGGUCCACAAAAACUGGCUGAAAAAUCUGCUGUUGAGCCUUUGCCAGUUUCGCCCGCUCAUGCAAAGCAACCGCAAUACCAGCAAGAUGCUCCACAGCAACAGCGAAGAUCGCCUGUAAGGGAUGGGCCAGCUCCAGUGCAAAUGACUUAUCAGCAAGCCCCUAACUAUGGAUAUAUGGGCCCUCAGGGUGGAAUGUAUGCCCCACCUGGUCCUCAAGUAUAUUACGAAAACGCCCCGCAGUACGGAUAUGUGCAGAACCAGCAGCAGCCUACUUCUCAGUAUCCAGCCGGAAGAUCACCUGUGAGGCAGUAUCCAAACCAGUUGCCCGUUUCGCAAUCUCCAAAUCAAGCACAGCCUGCAGUUGAUGAAGAGAAACCUGCAGUUCCGCCAAAGGAUAACAUUUCUGAAAAGCCACGGAUAAGAAAAAUCACUCCUGAAAGGCCUGGCAGAUACAAUGGACCUUCUCUUAGUGGUAUUCAAUUCGAGGCUCCUCAGGAAUCUCCAAGAGUUGCGGCUUCUCCGAAGGUUCAGGUUUCUCCGUCUGUUUCUCCUUUGAGAAGGUCAGAAUUCUCAGGGUUGACUGAAGCUUCUCCGUCAAGAUCAUCUUAUCAUACGGCAGUGGAGCUGACUUCCCCAGGAAGGGGGGCUGCAAAUGGCGGUAGAAUGAGCAAGCUGAUAGAGGAUUUGGACGAUCUUGAAGAACAGAUGAGGAAUGUGAUACUUGAAAAUGAAAACAGUCAAAAUAGCGAGCAAGAGGAGCCUGAAGAUGACAGAUAUCAGCAAAAGGAUGAACCGGUUCAGUUGCUGCCAGUUUCUCCCGAGAUCAAGCAUUCAAAUGCGUCCGUCAACAAGGAACUGCAGAAGGACCAUACACGCGAACAACCGGAGCUGCCUCGGGAGCCUCGUCAAGAACAGUCGUCCCAACGCUCUAAUGAGCCUAUAUAUGUAUCACGUAUUGAUCCCAAAACUAUGGAGAUUGAGCCAGGCUUUGCUGAAGAAGAUGUCGGGGCUGAGUAUAAAGAAGAGAAUUAUACGGAUCCAAACGUCGCACACCGUCAGGGCAGAACACUUCUGUCACCGGGACCGCUUGAAGGUUUAAGUCAGGUGAGAUCGCAGGUGUCAUCAAAAUCUUCGGGCUCGGCUUAUUCUCUUGAUCCUCGUGAUACGAGAUCGCGUACCAGCGAACCUCGCUCACAAUCACCUCAGAUUGGCCAAGGUCAACAACAGCAGCCCGUGUCGAGGUCAAGGCCACCGGUUAAGCAGACUGUCCCAGGCCACCCACAGUACUAUGCUCAAGGACCUCAGCCGGUGCAUCCUGGCUUUUACGACCCUCAGCAGUAUGGUCAGGGUUAUCCUCAAGGUUAUGCUCAAGGCUAUCCUCCACAGCCUGUUCCACAAGGCUAUCCGGCACAGCAAGUGCCUCAGGGUUACCCUCAGCAGAACCUCUACGCUGGCCCUCAACAGUACCCACAGCCUUACCCACAACCUUACCCACAACAAUACCCACAACAAUACCCUCCACAACAAAGACCUAUGUAUUACCCUCCACCUGCAGGCCACAGGCCUCCUCAGUCGCAUUCUCCUCGGAUGUCAGGUACUCCGCCUCACUAUGGCGUCCCACCGGCUCAGUAUGCAAGACCUGGUUCCAGCAGCCCGAUGAUGGGUUCUUUGUCGCCAAACCCACAAGCUGGAAUGCCUAAUGUCAGACAACAGAUGAAAGGACCACCAACUACCAGUGACAAAACCAUCAACCACAUGCCUCCAGCUGAAAGAGUGAAUAGACUACACGGCCACGGUGGUGCUGCCAAUAAAGUAAAGGCCCGCAAUGCGUUACUGAACGGAAACUUUGGAAUUUAA